AUGCGUCUGUUUUCCUCCAUUUCAUUCUAUACUCGAAAAAGCGAAUUACUCGGAAUGAGGGGAGAACUUCGUUGCUUUCUCAACUCGGAGUUCACUGUAAUCAUCACACCCACCAGUCUCAACUCAGAGUUCACUGUAAUCAUCACACCCACCAGUCUCAACUCGGAGUUCACUGUAAUCAUCACACCCAUCAGUCUCAACUCUGAGUUCACUGUAAUCAUCACACCCACCAGUCUCAACUCAGAGUUCACUGUAAUCAUCACACCCACCAGUCUCAACUCAGAGUUCACUGUAAUCAUCACACCCACCAGUCUCAACUCAGAGUUCACUGUAAUCAUCACACCCACCAGUCUCAACUUGGAGUUCACUGUAAUCAUCACACCCACCAGUCUCAACUCAGAGUUCACUGUAAUCAUCACACCCACCAGUCUCAACUCGGAGUUCACUGUAAUCAUCACACCCAUCAGUCUCAACUCUGAGUUCACUGUAAUCAUCACACCCACCAGUCUCAACUCAGAGUUCACUGUAAUCAUCACACCCACCAGUCUCAACUCAGAGUUCACUGUAAUCAUCACACCCACCAGUCUCAACUUGGAGUUUACAGUAAUUCUGAGAAAGAAAACCGACCAUCUGAAAUAG